GUGAGUGCUUACUAUAACCAAUUUCAAAAGGAUUUUUCGUUGUUUCUGAAAUGUCGUGCAGAAGAAUUGGUGGAGGGAGGUUGUAUGGUUUUGACGCUUUUGGGAAGGCGAAGCCAAGACCCCACUAGCAAAGAGUGUUGUUACAUUUGGGAGCUCUUGGCUCUAGCUCUCAAUGACAUGGUCUCUGAGGGAAUGAUAGAAGAGGAGGAACUAGAAAGUUUCAACCUACCAAAGUACAUGCCUUCAGCUGCGGAAAUGAAGAUUGAGAUAGUGAAAGAAGGAUCAUUUGUGAUUAAUGGCAUCCAAGUUUCGAAAGUGGAUUGGAAUAUUGUGUAUAAUGACAAACAACUCGACACACUGGAAGAAGUAAGGGAUUGUGGGUACAACGUAGCCAAGUACAUGAGGGCAGUGGCUGAACCGAUUGUUGUAAGUCAUUUUGGAGAACAUAUCAUCGAUGAAUUGUUCAUCAGAUAUGGAGACAUCAUUGUGGAUCGCAUGGCGAAAGAGAAAACUGAGUUUGUCAACGUCACCAUUUCCCUCACUAAAAUGAAGUAAUCGUAUUGGUCAAAAUAAAUAUAAAAGUAUGAAGAAUAUGAAUUUGGUUUUUGUUUGUGUAUUGUCUCGUGGUUUUAUUCUGUAUGUAUUAACUUUUUACAUUAGUUGCCAAAGUGGGAGAAUAUAUAUGCAUGUUGUUAUCAUAUGUAUGUCUCUGUUCAUGUACCCAAAAUGAUGAAGAUUUUUAAUUUUACAAGAAAGUCUUCUGGUUUUUGUUUGCUUUAA